AAACUUCAUUAAACGUUGCCAGAGCUCGCAGCAUAAACGUGUCUCUGUUAUUUCUCUGCAGGUCACGGCCCGUUUUCACAUUUAUUUGAAGAAGUCACGAUGGAGCCAUCAGAGAAAUUGCAUGAAGAACAAUCAGUCAAAAUGUUUGACCUGCUGAUCUCACAUGGCAUUAAGAAAAAGAUGCUAAAAGAAUAUUACAAGUAUGAAGGGAAAACAUUAAGAUUUAAAAAAAGAGACUUCGAUUUCAUCCAUGAACUUAUUGAGGGCGCACCACUUUCAAGAUCUUCUGCUCAGUGGCCCUACAGUGGAAGAACACAGGCCAAGUCCUACUUGUAUGAGAUUGUGGCCAAUAAAUGCACAGGCAUUGAUGUUGACAAAAUGGAUUAUAUCAGCAGAGAUACAGCCCUAUAACCCCUCCAUGAGUAUUCUAGAAGGUGCCUUCAAACUCCCGGCUCUUCGGACGUCAUCCCAGCUGUAGGAGGUGCCGGGAAAGGCUAAAGAAAACUGAACAACAACCUCCCAUUGAGCACAGGACACACAACCAGUGCACAGUAUGGUUGUCAUCCUCCUCAUCUUGAUCAUCUGCCUUGGGACAGGGUUACCUGUCCAAGCGUAUCCUCACGACAACACCUUCUGGCAGUUUGCUACCUGGACAGCCUGACAACAUACUAAUGGGUCCCGUAUAUUUUUAUAUUGAUUCCUGCACUCUGUAUUUUGGUUUUACUGUGUCUCUGUGGCUCUUGUAUUCUUCAAUGUCUUCAAACAAUGUUACAUCCUAUGAUUUCUGGGUAUCAACCUGUCCCCGGAGCACCAGAUUAUUAUCCUAUUCCUAUGCAAGGUAGAUAGGCGAUGUAUGUAUUUGUAGAUAUGUAGUAUCUGAGAAGUGACUGAGGGUCUGGCCCAGGCCAGGAAUGCAGUAACAGUGAGUACUCGUUUAGCACGGCUUCCAGAGAAAGAUAUAAUCAUAUGAGUUGUUUAUCUAUUAUAAGUUUAUCAUGGAUAAAAGAGGGGAAUUGUGAGAAUAUUGUAUAAAAUACUUUUCUGAUAAUGUUGCAGACUUUCUGUACAGAGCACAAUUCUCUCUCUCUCUCUCUCUCUCUCUCUCUCGCACGCACGCAUGCAUGCAGACAGAUACCUUGACCUUAGCAUAACCUCCUCUCCCUGGUACAUCUGCUCUGCUACAAUACAGUUUGUAUGAAAGCAGUUAUGAAAAACAUGAUACUGCAGCUGGGAGGUUUCCUGCUUCGUGAUAAUGGUCAAGCCUGCUUUUGUGGAUACUAGCAUUAAGCUCUGCACACACACAUUACACCCGUCCUCUUUUUUGUACUACUAUAUAUUUAUACUUGACACAAUAAACUUUGGACCUUCUCUUUGAAAGACUCGUGUUUCACUGAGACUUCCCUAAGCGCUUGUGGAGAGCAGAAAUUGAGCAGAGGAUCGAGAGGCUAAGUUCAGGUAUCCUGUCCAGGCGGCAGAUGAGAGGGAAAUAAUUCCUUACAGUUCUGAAUCCUGUCCAGGCAGCAGACAAUAGAGAAAUAAUUCCUUACACCCAUCAUUUAUUUAACCAUGCUAUUGAAAAUGUAAACAUUCAAAUUAGGACUGUGUUGUAUGGAAACAGAAUAUAUCUAACCUUCAGAGACAGUUCUGAACAUAAAAUAAUUCCAUUUGCAGUAGGUAAUAAUGGCACAUAAUUAAAUUAACUGGCAUACUGCUAGGAAAGUAAUAUACUAUUUGAAUAGAUAUACAGACUGGCCAGCAUUGAAUGUACAAUGUAAACAAAGAACCUCCCCAGUCUUCUUACCAACAAACCACAAGGAGUAGGUUUUUGACACUGUUUCACUUCACCACAGACAAUAAAAAUGUUGUCCACACUGUAUGAGCAGAUAUGGCUAUGUUGAGAGACGUAUCGGGGGCUAAUCGGUCGGGACUUAGGCACAAUCUUUAAUAAAACGAACAAAAUAAUUUUGCAGACAAUUCAGAUUUUAUUUUAAUACAUAACGAUUGUAGUCCUUCGUCUGUGUGUGUGUC